AUGUCAUUUCUUUUUGCAAUUUUCCGAUUCUAUUUUUUUCCCACAGAUUUGAUUGGUCGUGUAGUUUCGAUUUGUGAGCCUAAAGUUAUUCAUGUUCAUCAAAAACCUCAAAGGUUGAUUGAUUUUGUCAUUGAGGAUUGUAGCCUUAAUUAUGAGCCUAAAGUUAUUCAUGUUCAUCAAAACUCUCAAAGGUUGAUUGAUUUUGUCAUUGAGGAUUAUAGGGAAAGUCGAUUCAGCAUAACCCUGUGGGACGAGCAUGUGGAUUCGUUGUUGCCGUUCUAUAAUGUUGUUUUAACAGAUCCAUUGAUUGUUAUACUUCAAUUGUGUAGGGCAAGGAUGAUUGAAGAUGGUGAGGUCAAGAUUUCCAGUUCUUAUACGGCAACUAAGAUUUUGUUCAACUACGAAUGUCCUGAGUUUUUCAGUUUUAAGGAGAGUUUGCCUAGCUUCUUUACUCAUGUGCGGAGUAUAAGCUCAACUUCCAGACUCAUUGGAAGCGGAUCUAUUGGAGCUAUGUCGAAUCAUAAUAUCACAAUCAGUUCUUUAAAGGAUAUUCAUGACGAAAAGAACGUCACAGUUGGACAACUUUGGGUGUUCGGAGAAAUUCGUGAUAUUGAAAACGAUUGGUAUUUCACUACAUGUACAAAUAAGAACUGUGGGAAGAAACUUCAACAAAGUGAGGACAAAAUGUAUUGCAAACCAUAUAACAAACAGUGGUCAGAUGGAAUCAUAAAAUAUAAAUUGGUGAUUGAUAUCCUUGAUGAUGAUCAAGAUGGUCAACUAAAACUUUGGGAUAAUGUGUGUACCCCUCUACUAGGGGUCACUGCUAUUGAGUUAAAGGUGAAAUAUUCUGAGGAGUGUUGUAUGCCCAAUGAGAUUAAAGAAUCGAUUGGAAAUAGCAUGAAAUUCACGAUAGUCACACGAUAG